AUGGUCCUGGAGCUCAGUGGGCAGGACAAAUCCGAUUACAACACCAUGAAUACGGCCGUCAGCACAGAAUCUAUGGAUAUGGGUGAAGAGGAUAUGUCGCAAGUGGAUGGUUGCGGACUAAGCGGCGGCUCAGAUGAAGACGAUGAGUGUGGUUCCUCACCUACAAACUCAGCCUACGAUGACAGUGCAGAUAUUAUUAAAAACGCGAUGAGCGAUGAAGUCACCAAACAGCUUGCAGCAGCCGGUCCUGUCGGUAUGGCUGCCGCGGCGGCAAUUCAAUCGUCAAAGAAGCGCAAAAGGCCACACUCGUUUGAAACAAACCCCUCAGUCAGGAAGAGACACCAAAACAGACUACUUAGAAAAUUGAGACAAACAAUAGAAGAAUUCGCCACCCGCGUUGGUCAACAAGCCGUCGUGUUAGUGGCGACGCCGGGCAAGCCGAACACUUCGUACCGCGUGUUUGGGGCCAAGCCCCUCGAGGACGUGGUACGCAAUCUCCGCUGCAUGAUCAUGGAGGAACUGGAGAAUGCACUUGCUCAACAGUUCGGGCUGGGCGGGGGCCCGCAGGCGCCGCCGCCGCCGCAGGACGACCCGUCGCUCUUCGAGCUGCCGCCGCUCAUCAUCGACGGGAUCCCCACUCCUGUCGAGAAGAUGACGCAGGCGCAACUGCGCGCCUUCAUACCUCUCAUGCUCAAGUACUCUAUGGUCCGCGGUAAACCAGGUUGGGGCCGCGAGUCUACCCGUCCGCCAUGGUGGCCCAAGGAUUUACCCUGGGCCAACGUGCGUAUGGACGCCAGAACUGAGGAUGAGAAGCAGAAGAUGUCGUGGACCCACGCCCUGCGUCAGAUAGUGAUCAACUGCUACAAGUACCACGGGCGGGAGGACCUGCUGCCCGCCUUCAAUGAAGACGAGGAUAAGGGACCUCCCACGCAACCCAUGUCGCAGUACGCGCCGGCCAUGCUGCAGACCAUCACGAACCCGGACGGCUCCGUGUCACUCAUACAGGUGGACCCCAACAACCCCAUCAUCACACUGCCAGACGGCACCACGGCGCAAGUGAUCCACAGCGGCGAAGGUGGAGUGGUACAGACCAUGGACGGCGAGAACACAGUCGCGGUGGAUCUCAACGCGGUGGCAGAGGCCACGCUCAACCAUGAAGGACAACUCAUACUCACUGGGGAGGACGGACACGGGUACCCGGUGUCGGGCGUGAUCACGGUGCCGGUGUCUGCGUCGGUGUACCAGUCCAUGGUGGCGUCCAUGCAGCAGCAGGACGGCUCCGGCGUGUGCGUGGCGCCGCUCGUGCAGGUUGAUCAGAACGGCGAAGGUUUAGAAACGAUCUCGAUGGGUGGUGGAGUGGCGCAAGUGAUGCUGCAAAGCGGAGGCGAGACCCAGGUGUUGCAGGUGCUCAGUCUGAAGGAUGCUACCGUACUUAAAGCAAUGGCACAGCAACAAGUAAAAACAGAGCGCGAAGCGGUCGUUACAGACUCCUAG